UCCGCAGAGUAGUAUAAUAGAUUGUUCUGGAGCAUUGUUUACAAAUAGACCUUGUGGUGAUCUUCUUAUUGGGUUCGAGUUGUUAUUUAAGUCGCCCGGAAAACAAAAUAAAAAUUUGAGUAAUGGCAACUGAAGGAAAACUCGAAUUUACGAAGCAAAUGAGGAAGGCAACCAGGGAAAUCCAUGAUAUUAGUGAUGCCCUAGUUAAUGCAAAACUUGGAAUAGCGAUGAGUGACAACUCAAUUUGGGCUGAGGGGCUAUUGUGCUUUUAUGAAAUUUUCAAGUUCCUUGAACAGGCCUUAGAUCGUCUCAGCCAUACUCUGCUCAGUGAAUUGGAUAUAAAAGGGAUGAGAAGAACCAAAGCAUUUGAAGAAGACCUGCAUUUCUAUUAUGGAGCACAAUGGCUUGAAAACAUCUAUCAGCCAAAUGGUGCAGUGACUGCCUAUCUUGAAUAUCUUGCUUGCCUAGAGAAAGAGAAUCCCUACAUGUUAGCUGCCUACAUUUAUCAUUUGUUUAUGGGACUAUUUUCGGGAGGUCAAAUCCUACGCAAAAAGCGAUCACUUGAAGCUAGUCUAAAAUUCCAAUCAUCCACUAUCAUUAGCAGUCAACAACAGGGUGAGUCUGUCACUGAUUUUGGGGAUAUUCCUCUCUUCAAAUUAAAAAAACAAAUGGUAGAAGCAAUGGAACAUAUUGCGGAACAGCUUGGAGAAGAAGAUAGAUGGAAAUUAAUUGAAGAGAGCAAAAAUGUUUUCCGGAUGAAUAACAAGAUGAUACGAACCAUCAACACAAACCGCAUAGUUUUAAAGAAAUUCUGCAACUUUGCUUUAAUAGUUGUUCCUACAGUUGCUGCUAUCUAUUUUGGCUAUAAAAUGAUUAGUAAUUUUAGUAAUAGUUAGGCAUUCUUUUAAUAAAUUCAUGGUCAUGGCUCGAAAUUUCCUUGGCCAAAACUGUGUCAAUUUUAACGGAUCGUAAAAAAGAAACUGUGAUAGUCGAUGAACUAAAAAUACAGUCAGUAUAUAACUUUA